AAUCAAAGACGACAGUGAGGACCAAUCAGAGCGGUCGGCGGGUCCUGAGCUGCUGCUGUUGUGCUGACCUGUCACAGUUUUGCUAGGACAAUAUAACGUUACUAAAAAGCAUGGCGUCGUUUGUGACUGAAGUUCUAGCCAGCUCUGGCAAACUGGAGAAGGAGGAUCUGUCUGGCAAAAUAAGCAAGAUGUCGCGAAAAGUGGAGGACACAAAGGAAGAGGUGUGCGACAUGAUAAAUAAGCGAUACAACGAUUUCCUGCCCAGUCUCCAGUCAUCAGAGGAGCUGAUGUUACAGGUUGAUGCAGUCUCCAAAGAAAUGGACACUCUAAAAAACUGCAUUGAGAAUGAAGUGCAGAACGUCCAUGUAGCCGUGGCUGAAUAUACAAAGCUGAAGCAACAGCUGGAGAAAAAUACCGUCAUCAUAACAAUGCUUGGACACCUAAAAGAGUUUCACAGUGCAAUGGAAGAAUUCAACAAGGCUUUACUGGAGAAGAAGUAUGUGGAUGCUGCCAACCGGCUGGAAAGAGCAAGGAAAAGUGUGGGGUCACUGAAGCGCUGGAAGACUUCUGAGCUGCCGCUCCUCAGUGCUCUCAGCUCUGAGUUGACAGUGCAGAGAGAGAACCUCAUUUACCACCUGGGAGAUGAAUGGAAGCGCCUCGUCAUCUGGAAGUUGCCAUCCACAAAGGAGCCUGCAGGGGAGAUGUCUUUCUUGAAGGUGGAGCUGAAACUGAGCAGUGCUUGCAGUAAGGAUGGCGAACUGAAACCACCUACACUACUGAGCUCUGUCCUGCAAGCUCUGGCCAUCCAGGGAGACCUUCAGCACAAGAUCAAACUCUUCAGUCAGGUGCUUUUGAAGAACAUGUUGAAGCCGUUGGUGAUGUACGCGUCUCUGUCUGUGAGAGUGACUGAGCAGCAGGGUGAGGGAACCACGCUGGCCCUGCAGUGUUUGGAGGAGAGCGACGAGGAGCGAUGCGCACCUUCAAAGGUCUACAACAAGCUGCUGCUGGUGCUCAAGACGCUUCAUUCACACCUCCUAGACGUGUCGAUUGGUGAUAAAAAGUUGUCUGCUAUCUUGGGGGAGCUGAUUUGGGAGGAAAUGUCCCACACCAUCAUACAUGAGUGUUUGGUGCACUCCAUCCCCACCAACAGCAGCCAGCUGGAGAAAUACAACACUGUGAUAAAGGAAACAGAGGAGUUCGAGAAGUCUCUAAAGGAGAUGGAGUAUCUGCAGGGUGAUUCCACAGACCUGCUCAAAUAUGCCAGAGAUGUUAACUGUCAUUUUGCCAGCAAGAAGUGCAAGGACGUCAUUGUAGCAGCCCGUAAACUCAUGACCUCAAAGAUGCAUAACACAGUCAAAAUCACACCAGACUCAAAACUUCGCCUCCCCAAGCUGCCAGCUCCAAGUUCAGAGGGCAAGGUCAAGCCAGAGAGCUUAAAGGAGGAGGUGACAAUGGAGAACUCAAAGCAGCUGUCUGCGUGGAGUAUGAGGCUGCCAGCCUGUCGCAUCAGUGAGUCAGUGCAGCAGCUGAUGGAGCUGGCACUCGACACUCUGUGUGAAGCUGUUGGGAGCUCAACACAAAGUGCUUUGCAGCUCUUCUUCACUGUGAGAAACAUUUUCCAGCUGUUCUACGAUGUUGUGCCAACGUACCACAAGGAAAACCUGCUCAAAUUUCCUCACCUAGCUGCCAUCCAGCACAACAACUGCAUGUACCUGGCCCAUCAUCUACUCACCCUGGGUCACCAUUUCAGAAACCACCUGCCGCAGCCUCUCAGCGAGGGCGUCGCAACUUUUGUUGACAUGGUGCCAGGAUUCAGGAAACUGGGUGCCCAAUGCUUCUUAGCCCAGCUGAAUGUUCAGAGAGCUGAACUGCUGGAGCGACUUUCCACUGCUCACAAUUUCUGCAACCUGGAUGAUGAAGAUAACUACACUGCAGCUAGCAAAGCAGUACGGCAGGUUAUUCAUCAGUUGAAGCAGUUGGGUACAGUCUGGCAGGAUGUCCUUCCGGUCAGCAUCUAUUGUAAAGCCAUGGGCAACCUCCUCAACACAGCCAUCACAGAAGUUACUGCCAAAGUCAUGAUGCUAGAGGACAUUUCCUCUGAGGAUGGGAACCAUCUCCAGACUUUGUGCCAAACUAUAAUUGAUGAAGGCCCGCUGGUCUUUAUCCCUCUGGCCGAGGAAAAGAAGAAUAAGAAAUAUCAGGAGGAAGUGCCCCUCUAUGUGAAGAAGUGGGGCACCUUCAAGGAGCUCGUCAUCGUGCUGCAGGCCAAUCUGCAGGAGAUUGUUGACAGGUGGGCUGACAGUAAAGGUCCACUGGCUUUGGAGUUCUCGAGUUCGGAGGUGAAGAAUCUGGUCCGAGCUUUGUUUCAGAAUACGGAGAGGAGAGCUGCAGCUUUGGCCAAAAUCAAAUAGAUUCUUGGAAA